AUGAAAGAUGUGUUCAAGAACGCGUCGAGGGCGUUGUUCCGUGCAACAAAGGACCUGAGCUUCUUUCGAUCCGUGAAGGUGGUGAUUCCCAAGCAUUGGGACGUGGGGGAAUGUGCUAGGGGUAUCUCCUUUACCACGGGCACGCUCCCCUGGGUCCACACCCUGAGGGGAUUUCAGGUGGGGCCACCCACGCCCCGCAAUGGAGACCUCCCGUCCACCCUUCAACCCUGGGGGUGUGGCCACCCCGGCCACCACAUCUACCUCCCAUUCACCUAUUUCCUCGGCGAAGCCGGACUCGGCUUCGGGGACCCAGGUCGGAUACUGGUGCGGGAGUGGGCUAAGUACCGGUACGGGGUGUUUGAGGAAGCCGGAUACCCACAAGACCCCUUGUACCCCUCAUAUUUCACACCCUAUUUAGAAAGUGGGCCUGAAAUGGAGGCUCCCACGGGUUGUAGCAAUGGUCACGUCAAGGGAAACAGGAUUUGCUCGGGUGAUUCGUGUCACUUCCUUCCGGACAACAAGGGGUCAAACGAUGACAUCACCAGUUCUCUCAUGUCCUACCUCCCCAUCUUGCCGAACGUUGAGGAUUUCUGUGACGAAAAAAAUCACAAUGCCGAUGCCCCAACGCAGCAUAACGCACUCUGCUCCGGUAAAAGCACAUGGGAAAUUAUUUCCUCACAUCCGGACUUUUCGCAAAAUCCCGUCCCUUUGAUGGGGAAGCCUUCUGACCCAAAAUUCGAAUUCGUGAAGAGUCAGGCCCGAAAAGUGUUCCUUCUCUUAGAUGCAUCCAGUGGAGGAAAUGUCCAAUUGGAUCAGAAUCGAUGGGAGUGGACCCGCAGUUCAGUCUACCGCUUUCUGGAACUUCUCUCUCAUGAUCCAGAGCAGGUGGAGCUGUCCCUGGCCCAUUUUGCCUUGGAAAUGGAGGAAGUGCCACCGUUGAGUCCAGUGAACACCUUCGGGUUGUCCAACCCCAGACUUGUCAGCCGGUAUCCGAGUGCCAACAGGACGGCGUGCAUCGGCUGCGCUCUGGAUAAAAUUGCCCAGAUAAUCCAGGAAGGGUCGAUGAAGGGCGCCGAGGUUAUCUUGCUCACCCGGAACGCUUACCUGGACCGCCAUGACAUCGCGAUGGCAGACUGGGACAGGAUGGAGUCCGUGCUCGCCUCUUUCGACACAGUGAUCCAUUCCGUGAGCGCCGACGGACAAGAUCAGUCNAUCUUGCUCACCCGGAACGCUUACCUGGACCGCCAUGACAUCGCGAUGGCAGACUGGGACAGGAUGGAGUCCGUGCUCGCCUCUUUCGACACAGUGAUCCAUUCCGUGAGCGCCGACGGACAAGAUCAGUCCGAGGUGCGUCUGCGCAGGCGCAGCGUCCUCAGUGACCUCGUCAGGGGCUCGGGCGGUCGGGAGCUCCACCUGGACAUGACCGGUGACGUCACCGACAUGGUGGCUAUCCUCAACGCCCUGGAGGCCCUCGUGACUCCUCACUCCUCCUUCAAGGUGCUGGAAGAAGUGGGAUCCCCGUCGCAGUACGGAAAGGUGCGUGGGAGGUUCAUGCUGGAUCCGUCGCUGACGACGGCGACCUUCACCGCUUAUUACGGACAGGAACCGCGGGACGUAAAGGUGACUUCACCCUCCGGCCGGGUUCUCUCGCAGUCCCCUCGCCUCCAGGCCCACUAUCACGCUUACAUCAUCGAUAUCCCCACCAUCGACAUGGAGGAGGGGAUGUGGGAGUAUCAGGUAGACGCCUUUUCCAUGGAUCGGGUCGGAAUCGAAAUCCGGGCAAAGGCAGAUCCCGAAACAGAAAUCUCUCUUCGGGGCUCCACUUCGUGGGAUCACAUCCAGAUCCCCGAUCCACAGGUAUUCCAAACCCUCAUCACCGUCAUUCUUCUAAGGCAUUGUUGA